GCGGCUGGGCUACGGGACGCUGCAGCGAGACGCCGAUAAAUCCCACAUGGAGGUCACGGGCUACCAGACCAAGACGUGGCGGGUGGCCCUGUGCCACGCUUGCUCCAUGCUGACGGCAGGGCUCCUUCUCGUCCUCUUCCACUGGAAGCCAAGCCUGGAAGUGCAGGCGAAGUGCAAGCCCUGCGCCCUCAGCCAAGCUGACUGGGUUAUCAUCAGAGACCGAUUCGGACAGUGCUUCACCACCCGUGUGCUCACGGAGGCGCUGGGCGAGGGCAGCUUGGAGCAUCACCCCGGGGCCCGGCUGGAGGACCGGAGGACCAGCAUCGCCAUCGGCGUGUCGGAUGAGGAGGAGAGCCGGGACACCAUCCGACUCCAUGAGAAGGAAGAGAAGAACAUCUUGCGGUACUAUCUCUUCGAGGGCAUGCGCUACAUCUGGAUCGAACGGCGGCAGGCGUACUGCAAAGUCAGCGUCUUGGAUGAAGGUUGGACCUGCGCAGAUCUCCACCUCUCCCAGGCUGGGCUCGACCAGCAAGACCACAACACCAGAAGGAAGAUCUACGGACCGAACCUCAUCGAGGUGCCAGUCAAGUCCUACGCGAGGCUGUUGGUGGAGGAGGUGCUCAAUCCCUUCUACAUCUUCCAAGUCUUCAGCAUCGUGCUGUGGGUCUGCGACGCCUAUUACUACUACGCUGCCUGCAUCUUCCUCAUCUCCACCAUCUCCUUAGGGCUGUCACUCUACGAGACGAGGAAGCAAAGCGCCACGCUGCAAAACAUGGCCAAGAUGUCGGUGGGUGUGCGAGUCCAUCGCCCCAGCGGAGAGGAGAUGGUGGUGAGCUCCGCGGACCUGGUGCCGGGCGAUUGCAUCAGCCUCCCCGCGGACGGGAUGCUGGUCCCUUGCGACGCCGCGCUGCUGACGGGCGAGUGCAUGGUCAACGAGAGCAUGCUGACGGGGGAGAGCGUGCCGGUGAUGAAAACCCCUCUCCCGGCUGGCACCCAGGCAGCCAGCACCGUCUAUUCCCCCGAGGAGCACAGGCGGCACACCUUGUUCUGCGGGACGCAGGUCAUCCAAGCCAAGUCCUACGUGGGCAGAGAAGUGCUGGCCGUGGUGACCCGCACAGGGUUUUGCACGGCCAAAGGGGAUCUCAUCAGCUCUAUCCUCUACCCCAAACCCGUGAGCUUCAAGUUCUACAAGGACGCUGUGAAGUUCGUCCUGUUCCUCGCCAUCUUGGCUUUUAUCGGCACGCUGUACAGCAUCCUCAUCUUGGUUAAAAACCAGGUCCCCGUGGGGCAAAUCAUCAUCCGUGCCCUCGACCUCGUCACCGUCAUCGUGCCCCCGGCUCUCCCGGCUGCGAUGACGGUGGGCACCAUCUACGCCCAGAACAGGCUGAAGAAACAGGGCAUCUUCUGCAUCAGCCCUCCCCGUAUCAACCUCUGCGGGAAGAUCCGCCUGGUUUGCUUCGACAAGACGGGAACCCUGACGGAGGAAGGUCUGGAUGUCUGGGGGGUGGUCCCGCUGGAGAACAACCACUUCAUGCCCAUCGUUCACGAGCCUCGCUGCCUGCCCGCCGGUCCCUUGCUCUACUCCCUGGCCGCCUGCCACACCGUCUCGCUGCUGCGGGCGCAGCCCAUCGGGGACCCCGUGGACCUCAAGAUGGUGGAGUCCACCGGCUGGCGCCUGGAGAUGAUGGAGGAAGAAGAAGGUGAGCUGCCCACCUUCCAGCAGUUUGGGACGAAGGUCUUGGCUGUGAUGAAACCUCCGCCCGAGGAAGAACAGCCGCGAGACAGGAAGCACCAGUCGCCCGUGGGGAUCCUCCGGCGUUUCCCCUUCUCCUCCUCCUUGCAGAGGAUGAGCGUCCUGGUGAAGCUGCCCGGCGAAGCCUCAGCCCACGUCUACAUCAAGGGUGCACCGGAGAUGGUGGCCAGCCUUUGCAGGAAGGAAACGGUGCCCGUGGAUUUCUCCCAGAUGCUACGACAUUACACCACGGAUGGUUUCCGGGUCUUGGGUCUGGCUUGCAAACCCCUGAGCACGGUGACCACCUUCGAGGAGGCCCUGCAGCUCCCGAGGGACUCCGUGGAGAGCAGCCUGACCUUCCUGGGUUUCCUCGUCAUGAAAAACGUCCUCAAGCCGGAGUCUGCGCCCGUGAUUCACCUCCUGAGGAACGCCAACAUCCGCCCCGUCAUGGUGACAGGAGACAACAUGCUGACGGCCGUGAACGUGGCCAAGAGCUGCCGCAUGGUGGAGCCGAAAGAGCGGGUGAUCUUCGUCAACGCCUCCCCGCCCAGCCACGACAAACCCGCCGCUCUGAAAUUCAUCCUCGCCGAGCACUCCCAGGGCGAAGAGCAGCCGGAGGUGAGUCCCGAGCCGCAGCCCUGCCACUUCGCGCUGAACGGCAAAUCCUUCGCCGUGGUUUGCGAGCACUUCGCCGACCUGCUGCCGAAGAUCCUCAUCCGAGCCACCGUGUUCGCCCGCAUGUCGCCUGACCAGAAGACUCAGCUGGUGUGCAGCCUGCAAGAGCUCAACUACUGCGUUGGGAUGUGCGGGGACGGCGCCAACGACUGCGGGGCUCUGAAAGCGGCCGACGUGGGCAUCUCGCUGUCGGAGGCAGAGGCGUCGGUGGCCUCACCGUUCACCUCCCGCGUGGCCAACAUCGAGUGCGUGCCCACCGUCAUCCGGGAGGGCAGGUGCUCACUGGUCACCUCCUUCGGCGUCUUUAAGUACAUGGCCCUGUACAGCCUGGUGCAGUUCGUGUCCGUCCUCCUGCUCUACACGAUCAACACCAACCUGAGCGAUUUCCAGUUCCUCUUCUUCGACCUGAUCAUCACCACCACCGUGGCGGUGCUGAUGGGUCGGACCGGUCCUGCCCAGGAGCUGGGAGUGGAGCGUCCCCAAGGGGCGUUGAUCAGCGUCCUCGUGCUGGGCAGCCUGCUCCUCCAAACGGCUUUGCUCAUCACCGUGCAAGUCCUCAGCUACUUCAUCACCGUCUCGCAGAGCUGGUACGUGCCGCUGAACAGCACGGUGACGGCUCCCCAAAACUUGCCCAACUACGAGAACACCGUCCUCUUCUGUGUCACCGGCUUCCAGUACCUCAUCCUGGCCGUCGCCAUGUCCAAGGGGUACCCGUUUCGGGAGCCACUCUACACCAACGUGCUAUUCUUGGUAGUCCUCGUCCUCCUUUUUGGCCUCAUGAUAUGGUUGACCCUCUACCCGCUGGGCUUCCCCAAAACCCUGCUGAAGCUGCAGGGCAUCGAUGACUUGAAUUUCAAGCUGCUGCUGCUGGGGAUCGCUGCCCUCAACUUCUUCGCCGCCUUCGUGCUGGAGACCGCUCUGGACCACGGCUUGCUCGGCUGCCUCCGCAAGCUGCGCCGAAAGAAAGUGUCCAAGAAGCUUUUCAAGAGGCUGGAGAAGGAGCUGAGCCAGCAGCAGCCAUCCUGGCCGCCCCUUAACGAACCGCUCUUCGCUACACCCAAGAUGUCCAUCGCCGUGAGAUAGCACGCGUCAGGCUUCCCUCCUGCCUGCUCUGCAGGCAAGCGCUGCCUGCCAGCCCUUGGAUGCUGUCGUUUAUUUAUUUAUCCCGGUAAAUUGAGGCAUGCGGCGGGCAGGCUGCCACAGGGAGACCCUCAGCAUCGCAGCUGUGAAUCCACGCGUGCCGGUCCUGCAGCCGUGGCCGAGAGGAGGAGAUGUUGGAGAAGCAAACGGGGGGAGAAGGUCCAGAAGAGAGGAGAAAUGAUCCAGCUCAGCUCUUCCUCCAGGACCUCUCCCGCUCCCGUGCUGGCCUCGGACCCAUCUCCCCGCACCGGGACUGUUUCGCAGGGGGACGCCGCCUCCUUUUUCCUCUCCUGGCUGCUCAAAACCACCGAGAAGAGGGUCCCUGAUCUUCUCAUGGCGAGGACACCCACCCCGGCCUCGUGUCUCUGCUCACUGUGAAAAAAAAAAAACCAGACAACCCCUCCGCCUCCCCCCGCGACCGCCCUAGAUGUGUAGGAACUGUUUACAAACCGCCCCGUCCCCAGCUUGCCGAGGAUGCUGCUCAAUCCCCAACGCCCAGGGACCAGCCACGGGCACCCUCUCCGCUUGCGAUGCUCCUGCAGAACACUUCUGCUUUCAGAUGGGACCUUUGUAGCAUUAAAAAAA